AUGAUCGCACACUGCCAUAGUUGUUAUGAACAAAGGGAUAUUCCCAUUGAAAAUAUAAAUGGUUGUAGAAAUGGAGAAAGUAGGCAGGAAAAAAAAGGCUGGUUCAACAACUGGAGGAAACGGGAAAAUAAACAAGAAGGGGAUAUAAAGAUUGCUCCACCAAGGAAUUCUCUAUACUCUGAAGAGAAGGUUAGUGAUUUUCUAGAGGAUUCUCCUUCUAGAAGUCUAAAUAAACCUAGAAGGCACUCAGUGGAGGUGGUUGUGAAGCGGGACGAGCAUCGGAAAGUAAAGGAAUCCAAAGCUUCUUCAUCAAUAAAUUCUGAUAGUGGAAAUCGCCUCAAGGAUGGAAGCCUUGACAAUGAGUAUAAGAAAGGGUUGAGGCCAGUUCUCUGGCUUUCUCCAGAAUUCCCACUACAAACUGAAGAGCUUCUACUGCUCGACGUUUUGGCUAACAAAGUUAAAGCUAUACGGCGAGUAAGAGAAUUACUCACUUCAAAACUUCCAAAGGGGACCUUCCCUGUCAAGGUUGCUAUUCCUGUGGUCCCCACAAUCAAAGUGUUGGUUACAUUUACAAAGUUUGAAGAAUUACAGCCAUUGGACGUGUUCUCUACCCCCCUUUCAAGUCCAACUGCUGCAGGCAGAGAGAGCCCUUCAGUGAUGAAUCCCUCAAAUUCAUCUUGGUUUCGGUGGAUAAAGUUCCCUUACCAACAACCGCGUUUUUCUACUGGCGGUUCAACCAAUAGGAUUGAAACCGUUCAACAUCCAUUUGCAAUUCCCUCCUACUAUACAUGGAUUACAGCUGAAGCAAAGAAAAAGAAAAUGUAA